AUGUCCGAGGGGAAGGUGUCUUCCGACGCUUGAAUUUCAUUCAUUACUAGCCGCACUCCUGUCAGAACCCCACACUUUAUCGACUCUUCUUUGACCCUCUCUCUCACAUACCAGUACUGACCAGCAUAACUAAAACAUGAACAACGUCUCAGCUCAAGACGUGCCAGGCAACCCUGCGCCCAAAGCGGCGCCCCUUGGCCGAGACAACUCGCUGCAGGUCCCCAAGGCGGAUGGGAACCUCAGCCUGAUGCUCAACAAGGUCGAUGACAUGACUUUUGAGCAGCGUGAGAGGAAGCCGCUCAAGGAAGGAGAGGUAGAGGUAAACAUCAGGCAGACAGGUAUCUGCGGCAGUGACGUCCACUACUGGUGUCACGGCCGUAUCGGCGACUUUGUCCUCACCAAGCCCAUGUGCCUUGGUCACGAGAGCGCCGGUAUCGUGACUCAGGUCGGUCCGGGCGUAGACUCGCACAAGGUCGGAGACCGUGUUGCUCUCGAGCCAGGUGUGCCUUGCUUGCGGUGUGAUCUUUGCAAGGGUGGACUGUACAAUCAUUGCGAGAAGAUGGCCUUCGCAGCAACUCCACCCUUCGAUGGAACCCUCGCAACAUACUACAACCUGAAUGCCUCAUUUGCCCACAAGGUCCCUGACACUCUCACCCUUGAGGAAGCCAGUCUCAUGGAGCCUCUCAGUGUCGCAGUCUACGCUACAGUAUACCAGGGCAAGGUUGCUCCUCUGCAAAAUGUCCUCGUCUUUGGCGCUGGACCCAUCGGACUGCUCAGUGCUGCCGUUGCUAGAGCAUUCGGAGCUAAGAAAGUUGUCGUGGUAGACAUCGUCGACUCCAAGCUGCAAUUCGCCAAGUCCUUCUGCGCCGACGCCACAUACAAGCCCUCUAUGCCCAAGGAAGGCGAGACGCGAGUGCAAGGCAGCGAGCGCAACGCUCAGGAGCUCAUUGCAAGCGAAGCCUCCAGUGACGAUAUCCGUUCCAAGGGAGGAUUCGAUCUGGUACUGGAAUGCACGGGCGCAGAGCCCUGUAUUCAGAUGGGCCUGUUUGCCGCAAAGAAGAGGUCGAGGUUUGUGCAGAUCGGAAUGGGAGGCUCGCCGCUCAGCUUGCCUAUCCACAGAAUUGGUAUUUACGAGAUUGAGAUGGUCGGAUCUUUCCGCUACGGAGCAGGCGUCUACAGGACCGCCAUUGAUCUCGUGGCUACUGGCAAGAUUGAUGUCAGCCGUAUCGUCACCCAUCGCUACGCCUUCAAGGAUGCCAUCCUGGCAUUCGAGGCAACCAAGAAGGGCAAAGGAGAAGAUGGAGAGCAGUGCAUCAAGGUCCAAAUUGCUCAGGGAGAAGCUUGAGGCCUUGUCUAAGUCUUCAUUGACAGUGAAUGCGGUGAUUUCGUGCUCUAUGCCCAAUGUAUUCAAUGCUAUUCACAAUUUGAUUGGCCAUGUCUUGCAAUCACCUCAUCAAAGUCAGACAAGCGCUGAAGUUUCUUGCCCGUCACUUCUUCGUCUUUACCACUUCCUAGCCUCCAUCCCCUCGGGCGGCUUCGUCUCCAUCUUUCCCUUGCCCACCUCACUCCAAUUGGUACUCAGACUUGUCCCACCACUCUCCUGAUAGCUCUUCAUCAUCGCCCGCUUUGUGUCAUCAUCUGCAUCGGCGUAUAGCUUCUGGAAGAAGGCGUCGAUGCCACCCUCGGAGCCCUUGGCCGUUGAGGCGGUCCCGCCUGCUGCUGCGUCCCCUGUGCCAUCUUCGUCUUCUUCGAGCUUGAG